AUGUUGUCGCGGGCAUUGACGUGGGCAGCGCCCGGCGCUGCUGCGCCGAAGUGGCAGCAGGCGCUGCCAGCCAAUGAAAGGAAGGGGCAGCGCCUGUCGCCGCCCCAUGAGGUAUUCGACUUGUGGAAGUCUAUGGAAAAAUCAAGAAUCAAUGAAGCCAAUUAUGAGAAGAUUAUAGAGAUUCUAGUCAAGGAGGGACUGGUAGAAGAAGCUGAAAUAUGUCUAAGAGAAAUGAAAUGCUAUGGACUUCAACCUUCUAUAGGGAUAUACAAUUCUGUAAUUCAUGGCUUUGCUAGAAAGGGGAGUUUCGACAAUGCUAUGUUUUAUCUGAGAGAGAUGGAAGACGUUGGUGAGAAGCCAGAUUCUGAAACGUAUGAUGGCCUAAUACAAGCUUAUGGGAACUAUAAAAUGUAUGAUGAGAUAGAUCAAUGUGUAAGGGUAAUGGAGUCUAAGGGAUAUUUAUGUGAUCAUAUCACUUACAAUUUGCUGGUUAGAGAAUUUGCAAGAGCUGGAUUGCUCCAAAAGAUGGAAAGUAUGUAUAACAGUCUCUACAGUCGAAGAAUAGGUUUGCAAGCUUCUACUUUGGUUGCAAUGCUUGAGGCAUAUGCAAAAUUCGGGAUCUUGGACAAAAUGGAAAAGAUGUAUCGACGGAUUUUGAACUCAAAGUCUUCUUUGAAAGAGGAUGUAAUUCGAAAAUUAGCAGCAGUUUACAUUGAUAAUCGUAUGUUUUCUAGAUUAGAAGGUUUGGGAGUGGAUCUUUCUGCAAAAACUGGUUGCACUGAUCUAGUAUGGUGUUUGCGCAUUCUCUCACGUGCUUGUGUUUUGAGUAAAAAGGAAAUAUAUUCCAUUAUCCAGGAGAUGGAAUCACAUGAAGUGCCGUGGAAUGCAACUACUGCAAACAUUAUCUCUCUAGCUUAUUUGAAAAUGAAUGAUUUUAAAGACUUGAAAGUAUUGCUUUCAGAACUACCAUCUCGGUAUGUAAAACCUGAUUUAGUCACUGUUGGAGUCCUGUUUGAUGCGUGCGUAUUAGGAUUUGAUGGGGCAUCUGUUAAAAGUACUUGGAGAAAAAUGGGAUUUCUUGAUGAUGAUGUGGACAUGAACACUGAUAGUCUUGUUCUCUCUGCAUUUGGUAAGGGACAAUUUCUUAGAAGUUGUGAGCAGAUGUACAGGUCCCUCAACGUCAGAAGUAGGGCGAAAGAAGCAUGGACUUAUGGCCGACUCAUCGGUUUGGUAAUUGAACUGAAUAGGGAUCAAGUGGGGAGUUGAAAUAGAUUUAAACCACAUUCUGAUUUCAUCAUGAAAUAACAGUCUUAGAGUAGAUGGAGUACCGGACUUGAAACAGGCCACAUGUGUCUCUAGUCACCAGAGAAAAUCCUUCUAGUGCACUGAGGCUUCUAGUUGAUGCUCUGUUCCACCUAGAAACUUUGGCAUAAUUUUGUAGUCAUAGAAGUUAUCCUGAAGACGACCCAUGUGUUGAACUUGCACUCAUUGGAAGACCGUUAGGACUUACAAGUAAGACUGAUAAUUGCUUUCGCUUACCUUGAGAGAUUAUAUUCACGGGUUUACCAAAAUGCUUCAUGUGCCAUUGUUUUUAGUGCUUGGCUUCUGCUAGUUGAGGAGAGAUUGCUCAUGAUUUUCAAUAUCGCAUACUGCAUAGAAUUUGAGGAUGGACAAUGUCAUUCCUUUACUAGGAGUGGGCAAACAAAUUGUUUUACACGAAUAGCUUAUAGUUUGUGCUCUCGUCUGUGUAUUAGAAUCGGGGGGAAUUGAACCAGGAUUUAAAUGGCGAAAAUAAGAAGCUCAAGAAUUUUCUGGACUGCAACACCUUAUUAGUCACGGAAUGUAUCCUAUCAGUUUAAUUUUCUGCAAAACUCUAUGGUGAACCUUUUGAGAAACAGUUACUGAAUAGCCUAACUAGCAUUUUACUUCUACACCUGAAAUGGGGUUGCUUUUCCAACAAUUGGUUUCGACUCCCUUUUUUGACUGAGGUGAACUUAUAACGAUGGUCAGUGCUCUAACCACCAUCAGUUGACCACUGCCUCAGUGCGUCCCCCCUCCAGCAUCAGAAAAGCGUUACAUAGCUGAUAAAUAGGCACUUUGCAGCAGGGACAUUGGACAUAUUAGCGGGUCUAUUCCAUCUUAGCGUCCGCCUUCCACAACUUCUGGCAUCAAGAUUUGCUCAGAGUUGCAUCUGCUGGAAGAUAGGGCUGUUAUACACACAGAUAGCCAAAUGCUCUACAUCGUAGUAGAAACUCUGUAUUCCAUUGUAUUAGAAAGAUGUUGAACUCAAAUACCAUUUCAUAAGAGAAAUGGUAGCAGAAGGUCGUUUGAGUUGAACCUGUCUGUAUGAAUAUACGUACUUCAUGUUUAUAUCAUUGCUCUUGAAGUCUUGUGUUGAAAAUACUUGGACCAUUCUGAG